UAUUUGCGCAAAUAUUUUCCCUUUCGGGAAAAAAAUCGAAACGCUAGUAGGAUCCAGCUGGCGAUAAAAAGUGAAAUGAACUUGUAUUAUCUUCGUCUCCCGCCAAUCUAUCGAUCGUUCGCCGGAACCCUAAUCUCUUCCCUGCGGUUUCCGACCUCCAGGAACAGUCUUCAUUCCGAAAAUCCACGAUCAUGGAGGUCGAAGAGAUUGGCGAUGGGUGUAUCCAUUACCAUGAGGGAUCGGAGCAUGAAUCGGAAACCAACGCAGAGGGGAAGGUACCUAAGCAUCGAGGGCAUCCAAGCCGUCCAGGCUCUUAAGAGGGCGAAGUUAAAUGGCGGGUUAGAUGCAGUGGCCCAUGAAAUCGAGACCAAGGUCCGGCGGCUGGUAAAGUUUGAUCUUAUGGCUGUGCUUCGCGAACUCCAGAGGCAGGGAGAGGCCAUCUUGGCUUUCCAGGUUUUUGAAGAGCUGCGGAGGGAACAUUGGUAUAAGCCUCAGGUGUCAAUCUAUGCUGGUAUAAUCUCAGUCUUGGCAAAGAGUGGAUUGCAUGAGAAGGUUGAGCAAGCCUUUUCAUAUUUGAAGGCAGAAUGUUUGGAAUCGGAUACUGAAGGGUUCAAUUUACUUAUGAAGACUCUAUUAGAGUAUGGAUUUACUCAAAUGGUUAUGGACUGUUUUUGCUUGAUGAAGCUUUGGGAAAGUGAGCCUGAUGAAUUUACUUUUAGGAUAUUGAUAAGUGGACUAGAGUCUAAUGGAGAUAAGGAUAAUGCUAUUGCUGUAAGAGCUGAAGCAGAAAGACAACUUGGUGGGCCUUUGGAGUUUUUAGAAGAAUAGCGUGAUGUAGGUUUGAAUUUUUAUAUAGACAAACCAUAAAAAGCAAUUACAUAGGAGCUCCAAAAUUCAAAUUGUUGUGGACUGAAAAGGAUUGUAUCUAUGAGAACAAUGAUUUUUUUUGCAAUUAUUUUUGUUUAAUAUCAAAUUUAUUCUAAAUGUAAU